AUGGAUCGGUUAGGCGGGGAGCCCCCGCGGACCCAGCCCCUCCCGGCCGCUCCACCACUCCGGUACCUGCAGCCGCCACCACUUUUCGAAGCGGACUUCCCCGGGGACAUCACCGGGCAUGUGACCGAGUCGCCGGCGCCCGGCGGGGAAGCGAAAUCGGUGCGCCGCCCGCGCCGUGCGCCCCGCCUAGCAGUCGCGCGCGCUCGCGUUUCGCUUUGCGGGGACCUUCCCUGUCGUCUCCUGUCGGCGCGGGCCCGGGGCCGACUGGGGGCGCGGGGGUGCGGGGGCGCGGGGGCGCAGAGCCCCGCCUCCGGGGCUUUCCCCGCGGCGGCGGGCGGCGGACGCGCGCGGGCCCGCAGUACCGACCGCGCUGUCGGUUCGGACGGUGCGAGCGCGGGAGGAGGGCGCCGCCAGCUCGUGCUGCAUCCCCCCACCCCACCCCACAACCCCGGCCGGGACUCGCCGCCGACGGCCGCGGCUGCCCGGCAUUCCCGCGGGCCCGGGACGAAGCCGCUGGACGCCGCGCUCCGGUCCCGCCCGGCUCCCGAGAUGAGCCCGCGCUGGGGCGCCGGGUUCCUCGCGCUCCUCUUCCUGCUGGCGCAGCUGCCUCCGCCAGGCGAUGGCAACGAGGGUAGCGCCAUCGGGAGUUGUUACUGCCACAAAGCGAUUCCUUCCGGCCCCCCUCCGAUGGCGGAGUUCAUGGCACAUCUCCGAAAACACCUGAGAGCCUACGAUCGCUGUAAUUCCUACGUCAGGUUCCAGCUACACUCCCGGAGUGUGUGUGGGGGCAGCAAAGAUUCGUGGGUUCAACAGUUGAUGAGCUGCUUUGAUCGCAAAGAAUGUGGAUACGCUAACUCUGGGAGUGCAGCCCCCCGGGGACAUUUACCUCCUGCCAGCACCCAGGUUCCUGAGCCCACACAAAGGGCACCUUCAGACAUGGGCUCCCCUGCUCAGACGUACCUGCCAUCCACCUCGCAGUCUACCGUGCAGCCCACGCUUCCAGCUGGGGAACAGGCCUUAGACAAAAAGCUCACCCACGCCAAUGAAAUCACUACAUCCACUGAGGGCCAAGGUCUGGGGGCUGGGCCUGAGGCUGGGGAGAGACAGAAGCAGCUGGAAGAAAAACCAGGGCCUUCAGCGUGGACUUCAGCCAUGGUGCCUGUGCUGUCCCUCCUGACCAUCGUCUUCAUUCUCACCACCGUCCUCCUGUAUGUGCUCUGCAAGAGGAUGAAGCAUUCACUGCAGCAGUCUCCAGAUUUGCAGCUUCCUUACACACCCGUGGCAUCAGACUCCAACGCCUGAGCUGAGAGUGGGAAACCCAUAAGGGUAGACGCUGUGAUUUAUUCAGCCCCAUAUGCCUUUGAUUAAUACAUCAGAAUAAUCUCUGGCACAUAAUUGGCACUCCAUAGCUAUCUGAUGUUUAAUAUACAAACAUCCAGCCACUGCCCUCUUGUAGACCCUUCCUGGGUUUUUUUCCUAUGCUAUAAUGUGAAAUCUACCUUUUACUGUAAUACCCUAGACAAAUUAUGUGUUUAAUUACAAAGAUUAUUUUUAU